AUGGCUGGCCUUCACAUCAACUCGCUGCCCGAGGAAAUCCUUCUGAACAUCCUGGAGCUCCUCGACAGCCCAGCACCCUCGCAGCUCAACUCGAGAAAAGAGCCAAGCUUGCAGAUAACCUCGUCUACACAUCAAGACUACAAGAACAUAUCCAAAGUAUCCAAACGAUGGCGAAGAGUCACUUUGCCGCUCCUCUUCAAGCAUUCUCGUCUCAUAAUCAGUAACAUGAUCUUGAAAUCAAGCAGUACUGAGGCCAAUUCCUCACAACAACCCUCCUCGGGAGGAGCAGAAGAGACAUCCUCGGAAGUCGACGAGACUCCUCUCCAUGGCCAAUACCCGUCCAUUGAGCAAGAGGAUCGAACCAUCCAUGCAAACGAUGGAGUUUCUACCGCCGUCGAGGCCUACCUCACCUUCCUCCAUACCCACAAUCUCACCUCUUCCAUUCAAACCUUCGCUCUCCUCAUACACUCUAGCAACACCCGCCCUACUGACAACAUUGCCCCUGGCGGCGAUAGCAGCCGCGGCCGCUAUCCCCACCUCUCCCGAUCCUUCGCAAGCGCCUAUGUCACCUCCGCCCUCUUCUGGCGACGUAUCUUCCACUCCAUCAACCCGAUCCGAGUAAUCGUGACAGCCAGUCCCUUGCAUCUCGCCUGUCUGACCAAUUGCGCCAUCGACUUGUUCGGCGACUGGGCAUUUAGUGAUAUGGAAUAUCAUAUUCUCGAGCUGGGCGUGAGCGACGCGGUCACGGGUGCCUCGGCAUCAUCGCCAUCGGGGCUAGAUAUGCAUCAUGAUACAUCAAUGCGCGAGGAGGAUUAUAUCCCAACCACCUAUCCAGGAAUCGCAUCAUCUUCAUCGUCGCCACCAUCCAGUCUGUUGUACCUCAAACCAUGGGAUGAGAUUCAUCUCAAUGAAGGAUCAUUCCUACGAGCUUAUGCGACCUAUGAAUUUUUCGAACGAGGGCCACCAUCUCUCAUCGCUAGCAUCAAAAGUUGCCUCCUAUCAUUGCCACCACCACCGUCAUCAUCCUCCUCCUCAUCAGACCAUUCACAUCAACCCCGGCGGUCGUCUUCCGUGAAGAAAUUUGUCUACACAGCAAUCCUGCCUUUCGCAACACACACGGAUCUCUUCCGCGGUUUACUGCCUCAUGUAGAAGAACUCGAUGUAAAACUAGCUCCGGACUGCGAUUCUGGUAUCCUGAACGAUAAGAACAGGGUGGGAAAGGCACAGCUCGAGGGUAUGGUGUCGUCUCUUCCUAUCAGCCAUUCUAGUUUUCCCACCAGCCAGAUAAUUUCGAACAUCGAUCGACUGACUCAGGUGUAUUAUCCAGAUUGCUGGCAAGAAUUCUUCUCCUCGUAUCGAGUGAUAUCCAACCCAUUCCGGUCACCCUCGAUACUGCGGCAAUCAACAAGUGGUAACAGCGGUCCUACAAUCAAACUUCAGAAAUUCAUAUGCAGGGAUUACCAGAAUCCUGCGCUUGCAGAAGAUCUAGAUGAGCUUUUUACUUGGCUUUGUAUGCCAUGCUGGGCGGAAAUGCAGCGUGGAGUGUUUCAAAGACAGGUCGUGGUCGAGGAGUAUCCAUGGGCAUAG